AUGAUAUUUGCAACGAGGGACGAGGUUAAAAGAGCAAUACAAUCUCAUGCAAUUGCAGAAAGAAGAAGUGUGGCUUUUACAAAGAUUGACAAGCGCCGGUUGUAUGCGAGGUGCAAAGAACCAAAUUGUGAGUGCAAAAUCAAUGCAAUGAAGGUGAAGGAUGACACUGCUUUCCAAGUAAGUCUAUUGCAUCCUAAGCAUUCGGAGUCAUCUCUUCCUUCUUUGAAUGUUGCGAAUGUUAAGACUUCUUGGUUGAGUGAAACAUUUGCUCAUAAAUUUAAAUGUGAUCCGAAGCGCGAGGUACGAGGUUUUAGGAAAGAGAUAAUGAGAGAAUUAAACGUGAGUGUGUCAAAAGAUCAGGCCUAUAGGGCAAAGAGGCGUGCUUUGGAAAGGAUAAGUGGAGAUCUCGUUUACCAAUACAGUCGUCUUUGGGAUUACGCACAUGAGUUAAGAAAGAGUAAUCCAGGGACCACAAUUGUGUUAGAUGUUGAGACUGAUGAUGAAGAAUCUAUUUUUGACCGUAUUUAUGUGUGUUAUGGAGCUUUAAAAAAAGGAUUUAGUGUUGGUUGCAGAGCCAUAAUUGGUGUGGAUGGAUGCCACUUGAAGGGUAUUUACGCUGGUGUCUUACUUACCGCUGUUGGAAUUGAUCCGAAUAAUAAUUUGUUCCCAAUUGCCUUUGCAGUGGUUAGUAGAGAGAAUGGUGAAACAUGGAGAUGGUUCUUGACUUUGUUGAAGAAAGAUUUAAGAAUCGGGGGUGACAAACAGGUUACAUUCAUGUCUGAUAAGCAAAAAGGGCUGAUACAAGCGUUCGAUGUUGUAUUCCCAGGAUAUUAUCACAUAUUUUGUGUUAGACACAUGCAUAACAACUUUUUUAAUGCCGGGUUUAGAGGAACUGCACUGAAAAAUACAGUUUGGCGUGCUGCUUUGCCUUCUACGCCGGGGGAAUUUCGUCGUCGAAUGGAUGAGUUGAAAGAUCUUGACAGUGAGGCACACAAAUGGUUUGGCGAUAAGCCUGUAGCCCAGUGGAGUCGGAGUCACUUCAAAGUUUAUUCAAAGUGUGACAUAUUGUUAAACAAUGUGUGUGAAAGAUUUAAUAGUGCGAUCCUAGAUGCACGAGAGCAACCGAUUUUGUCGAUGUUGGAGUCAAUAAGACAAUAUCUCAUGAAAAUGCUGCAAACGAACAGAGAUAUGGCUGCGUGUAAAUGGAAAAACUUGCGGUUCUGUCCAAAUGCAUUGAAGUUGCUGGAGGGAAAUGUUCGGAGGGUAUCUGACUGCAUUCCUAUCAAGUCUGAUAAUACGCAUUAUGAGAUAUCUUGCUUCGAUGGGAGCCAACAUGCUAUUAAUCUUCGGGAAAGAACUUGCACAUGCAGACAAUGGCAGCUAAGUGGAAUUCCUUGCAAACAUGCCAUCUCUGCCAUCUCUAACCAACGAGAAGAAAUUCAAGACUACAUCGAUGAGUACUACUCCGUGGAGACAUACAUUAAGGUCUAUGCUCCUGCCAUAAUGGCUGUCACCAGUGACUUGUUUUGGGAGGUAACAGGUUUUAAUCCACCUGAACCCCCAACAGAAAUGAGGUCGGUUGGGAGACCUACCUCAUCCAGGCGAAGGGAACGGGAUGAACCUGUGAGAAAAACAAAAAAGAAGGCUAGGACUUUAAUGUUAAAGAAAAAUCAAAUGACUGUUCGUUGCAGAUGA